CUCCUACUCGAGCUGAUUCCCUACCUCGACUCGACUCGGACACACACACGUACACAUACAUACCUACCCUCCCUCAUCUUCUCACGAUUUUCUUUUCUUCCGAGGGAGGAGACGUCUCGAAACCCACAAUCCGGAACGCCCGAUCAUCACACACCAUAAGACGUUAUCUGUCUUGUUGAAGGCUAGUUCUUCUUGUAGUCGGCAUCUGGGCCCCCGAGUGCCAACACCUGCGCAUCGUUUCCCAUUCAGGUUCCCCCCAUCCUGUCUCUCCCGCGACCAACCAACCCAACGCCAAUCUGGCCUGACGAAAGGCACCAACGCAUAGCCAGCAAUCAGUACAACCUAUCUGCUUAUUUCCCGCCGCCCAAACGGGGUGAGGGGAGAAGGGCGAGAAGAGGCAAGGACCGCGCAUCGGCCAUGCUAGGUCAGGACCAUCAUAUGAGAAUGAGAUCCCUGGAUCCGUCUCCCCAACUCUACACUCACUCACGAUCGCGAACCUCAUCUUCAGGCGUAUUCCCGCAGGCACCGCCCCCAAUGCACCACCUCCAACAACCUCAGUUCCCCAUGGGCCACACGCGACGAUCGCCUUCCGUCAACACCUUCAGUACUACAUCCAGCAUGCCACCCCCGGCCGCUUACCGAACGUCCCCUACCGCCGACAUUCGACGCAGCACUUCCUCGAGGUCCGCGAACGGGCCCUCGACUAGCUACGUCGCCCUGCUGCGGAAGCAGAAGGCUACCGUCUGGUGCGAUCGUGCGCAGACCGAAGACCCGCGACUCGCUGCCCAGCAACGCGCUGCUAAGCAGAGAGCCAACCAGGAAGUGAUCGGUGGCUCCCUGCAAGGCCGCACGUCGAUGGUGUUGAGCAGCACAGGGGGAAAAGUAGCUGCCAAGAUUCGCCAUCACGGGAAGUCCGGCGCUGUGGGAUACAUUUCCGACACCAACUACAUCGGUGUCAGCGGCGUGCCGAUGCGCCUCAGCGCUACCGAGGUCGAGGGCGAAGACGGCGACGAGGACGACACGUCGGUCCGCCGUGCGAACCACCGUAGGACGGGCAGUAGCGGGCGGAGCAGCACAGCUAGUAGCCGACGCGGUCUCGCCUAUCGCACGUCGGGUGCUUCCCAAGGGAGCCGCAAGUGGAGCCCGGGUGAUACGCCAGAGCGAGCGGGCAGCAUGGUCCUCGAGGACCGCGAAUACGCCCCCGGAGACGACAAGUUGGGCCGUGCGUCUAGCACUCACAGCGGCAGCAGCGCGGAGAAGGCUGACGCCCUGCACGAGCUCGGUUCCGGCGGCGCCGCGCGACUGGCUAGUAACAGCAAGCUGAACGCCGCGCUGACGAGGGAGAAGAGCGUCAAGAACCCCGAAGACCUCCGGCGACGCGGCAGUGUGGAUGAACGGACUAUGACUCUGACAUCUGGCCGGUUGUUCAUCGCGAACCCCGACUAACGGGGUGAUCCAUUCUGAGAAUCACAAAUAUGUUUUGUAUGCUUGUGUGUGCGUGUGCGGCCCUGGAAUUUCUCCAUUCUAUUUUCGGCGUCACGGGGUGAUAUUACGAGGCCCAUGGCCACUCUUCGAGGGUGUCCUCUGCAUUGCAAUGGCGUUUGGUGU